AUGGCGAGCUCACGAUUUGCGAGAUUCAUAACGGAGGUUGCGCCACCGCAAUUUGUCACGGUGAUGCGGCGGAGAACGGCGAAGGUGCUCGACACGAUCAAGGAGGAAGAAAGAGAAAUCGGGACUGCUGACUCCAUAUUCUCUUCUUCUAAUUUCAAUUCGAAGAUUUCACCGUUUACUUGCUCCUCCUCCUCCUCUGUCUCAGCUUCUGUUUCAUUCAGUUCCGGUCUGACAAAUUUCCCGGUUACAGAGAACCGGAGCUCUUUUCCGAUUUACAAGAACUGA